GAUGCAGUUUUACUACAGGAAGAAACCUAAACUAAACUAACUUAAUACUAGAAAUCUCUCGUUUCUUCUCAACUGUUCUUUUCAGCGGUUCAGUAAGAAUCAUCACUUAUUGAUGUUACCACAGAAACCGGAAGAUAUAAACUAACUUCAUUCAUAUUGGGUAUCUAGCCCAACCGAGGUAAUUCAUUGUGACAUUCACCUUGCCCACGAGAAAAAUCAAAGACCUUUCUUGUCCUCGAUUGAUGUGCAUUUUUAGCAUCAAAACAAACAUGCAUGCUCGUUUAUGCGGGUGACCGUUGUCUCAAACUCGGACAGCGAUGAACGAGACUGUCAAAUAUAAUACAUCCACCGACAACUAUGAACAAUGCGUACCAUUUGUAAAUAUCUUUCUUCACACCAGUUAGUAAAUUGCCAAACUUGAAAUUAUUUUCCAUAAGCCUUUUGAAACGUCCGUUCCACUGUAUAUUGACAGACGAAUGAGAUAUUCUUCUGCAUAUGAAUGUGUAAAAAAUUGCUAGUCGCUAUACGCAGGUAUUUAAGGAAAACAAACAUAUCUCAUAUAUUUAUUAUCCUCGCACAACAUUGCUGACCCGGUUCAUUUCACAGUAAAAAAAACGCAAGCAAAUUGCUCUCCGAUAGAAAAAUGUCCGAAUAACUUUAAGAACGUCUUUUUAGAACUUAUAGAUAUUGCUGGUAUCUCUGUAUGUCUGAAAAACUGUCAAACUCACGAUUGAUUGUGUUAGACUGCAUGGUCAACCAUUUUAAUUUGUAAAUCAAUUCAAACCCUGGCAAGGUGCGGGGGAAAGAGGCCGUAGCAAAUGAACCGUGCAACUUUGAAAAACAUUCGCUAUACGGCGUAUGUCAAUAGAAACAAAUAGAAAAUUAAACAAACGAUAAAUUACCGUAUUUCAUAAAGCCAGGCUGUUCAAACGCACGGCGCGCUUUCGCAGUUACCGAACGCGGUCCGUAGCGUUGUGAAGGGUGUUCCGGCUAUCUUCUCCGUGCCGUGAACGACGUGUUGGCCUGCGAAGCUACAACGCGGGGAAAACCAAACGGGCGCUUUGCAAAGGCAGCGUUCGGCUGCCACCAUGUCGGCUUAAUUAGGGUCUUGGCUGCGUCGGCCAAUCACGAGUAAUUACAGCUAAUAUAACAGUCUUACAUCUCGGGCAUCGGUCUGUGUAUGUUGUGUGCGCGACGAGGCUCGCACUUAAUUAGUUCAGGAACAAUCGUCGCUUACGUUUCCAGCGUGUAACAAUUAAACACGCAGAACUCACAACAAGCUAUCGACUUGUUAUAAACACUCCGUCACAAGCGCCGUAGCAGUCAGUCGGGCAAGUGACAGCUGUAGAGAGCGCGCUUCUCGCGAGGAAAUAUCGACGCAUUUUCUUCUCUAUCCUUGUACGCAAGUUAAAUCGCGCGUGACAAGUUUGUUUGUGUCGUAAAGUUGAAAAUACGCCUAGCACUUUCUGAACAUCAAAGGUACAACUCCGCAGGGCCGGUGACAGUCGGAUCCAGACGAGAGGUGGAAAGUAUUCCGUCUUGGUGUAGCUAGCGUAUUCCGCAGUAAAGUUUACGGUUGUCUUUCGAGCGAUCCUGUCAUUCCUAUCAAGGGAAGAAUCUAGUCACGAAGAAGCGAAUCGGAAAGCCCGCGGUGAAUACACCAUUCAAAAAUCAUCAAAACUUCACCGCCAUCGAGGGAAACAUCUCCACUCCUUAAACGCAAAAGACUUCUGAAAACAACCAAAGUUAUACGAACUUCGACUACCUCAAAGAAGAGGAGCGACUUCAAUUUACCGCUUCAACUUUGAAGAAACUUCAUACACCCUCGGGAAUUCAUAGCUUAUCGAGCACUCCUGCUAGGCUAGCACAAAAGUUCCGAGGAAUAUCUUAUCCCGAUGAAGUCGACAACUUUCACGGUCAGUCAUAUACUGGACACAAUAGACGAACCACCUUGUAGACCGGACGAAAAUCGCGCUGGCAGUAAAUGUAAAGACAUGAAUCCCUUAUCGUCUCCGCGAUCCUCGUCCGAUAACGUCAAACUCGAGAUCGUCCUUCAAGACGCAGAGCUUUGGAGAAAAUUUCAUUCGUUGGUUAAUGAGAUGAUCGUAACGAAAAAUGGAAGGCGAAUGUUCCCGGUGAUCAAGAUCUCGGUGAGCGGCUUAGAUCCUCACUCGAUGUACUCGUUUUUGCUGGAUUUCGUCCCGGUUGGGGAGACGAGAUGGAAAUACGUGAACGGGGAAUGGAUCCCUGGGGGGAAAGCAGAGCCGUCGAACCCCAGCAAUAUCUACGUCCAUCCGGACUCGCCCAAUUUCGGAGCUCAUUGGAUGCGACAACCGAUCUCGUUCUCCAAGAUAAAACUCACUAACAAGCAGAACACAAACGGGCAGAUUAUGCUCAACUCGCUUCACAAAUACGAACCAAGACUUCAUGUGAUAAAAGUUGGCUCUUCUAACGAACAGCAAACCGUUUUGACGCAUUCGUUCAGUGAAACUCAGUUUGUUGCAGUCACAGCUUAUCAAAAUGAGGAGAUUACGUCGUUAAAAAUCAAAUUUAACCCUUUUGCUAAAGCAUUUCUGGAUGCGAAAGAACGACACGAGCACAAGGAACCUGAAACUAUGCCUGAGAAUCAGACUUCAUGUCCAACAUAUAGCUGGCUCUGUUCGUCUGGUCUACAUCCGAAUCAUGCCUCGCAUCAUCACCGUCUUCACUCGACUACCUGUGAAAGAUUCUCAUUGAGAAAUCAUCGUACUAAUCCUUACGCCUCCACAUUCAUGAAGAGACCACAGUUUUCACCUGCGGGAUCAUCUCAUCCGUUUUACGACACUCAGUCAUCACCACUCGGUUUCCUCUCAAGAUCAUCGCGCGAUCCACAUAAUUCCCUGUGGAUCCCCUCAACCUCAUCGUCCUCGUUACCAGACUCCGCACGGUAUCACCAUAGCGAUUUUAGUAAGCUGACGUCACCCACGUUUGGGAUUGGUGGUCAUCUGCCUGCACUGGCUUCAGGAAAUUUUGGUCACUGGAGUUGAUCAAUCUGUAGUUGAAUUUAUCACUUAAAUUAUACGGAAAAAGUUUGUGAAAAACUUCAACUGGAAAGAUACAUUUUAUUUAGUCCUAAUACUGAUUAUUUCGCGAGUUCUAAAAUUUGUUCAAACUUUAUCUAGUUCUGAGGCUUGAGAAAUUCCCUCCAGUCCUAAGACUUUAUCAAACUUCAUCCAGUCCUAAGACUUGAUCAAACUUCAUCCUGUCCCUUAAGACUUGAUCAAGCUUCAUCUAGUCCUAAGACUUGAUCAAACUUCAUCCAGUCCUAAGACUUGAUCAAACUUCAUCCUGUCCAAAGACUUGUUCAAGCUUCAUCUAGUCCUAAGACUUGAUCGAAUUUAGUCCAGUCUUCGGCCUUUUUACUACAUUGACGUUAUGUUUAUUUGAGAUUGAUUGCAUGUAUCAUUGAAAUUUAGAUUCAUUUGAUAUCAGUAUAUAUCACUAAAAACGGAUAUUGUAUAGUAUACUUUUAUGAGAGGCGUUUUGUUAGUUACUGAAGACUUAACAAUUUUUUGCCCUAAGACGUUUUUAACUUUCUAUUACGUUCACCUACGUAUUUAACGAUGUUCAUAAUUAAGUUAUUGUACAUAGAAUUG